AUGGAAGACAGAUCUAAGUGUGCUCGUAAACACAUCAGGCCGCAGGAGCUGAAAACGGUGCUUUUAGCCAAUCUAUAUCCAAAUCCAAAAACAGACAGAAAUAGCGACAUCUCAGACUCCAACGAGUCGUUUGAACAUUUUUACACGGAUGUGUACAAAAGGCUUGCCCAAGCCGGCGAAAUAGAUUCCAUGCUUGUUUGUGAAAACGAGAAUUUCCAUCUCAGUGGCAACGUUUACGUGAAAUACACCUCCACCGUAUCAGCACAACAGGCAGUGAUGCUGAUAAAUCAGGAGUGGUUUGCUGGAAAACCAGUCUACUGUGAGUUGCUGCCGGUACAGAGCUUCCAUGACGCCAAAUGCCGUUCCCAUGAUACGAAUACCUGCAACAGAGGCGACCACUGUAAUUUUAUGCAUAUCAAGAAACUCAAUAGUGAAGUCGGAAGACGUCUUCGGCUAGCACAGGAUAAGAGCAUUGCCAUCAAGAGGCUUCGAAAGCUCUUUGAGGAUGAGUCGUGGGGAGAGGGGUACUUGGAGCCUUCGAAGGAGAAGUAUUCGAGAAAUAAGAAGCCCAAGGUGGACAAGGAUGCUGAGAAUGUGGUUGAGGAGGAAAAGAAUGGAGUGAAGGAGGAAAAGAGCGAAGAGGCUGAAAAGACAAGCGAGACAGUCGAGACUGAGUCCAAAGAGGAGGAGGAAGAGCUGGAGGAGGUUUCCACUACGGAGGCUGUUGCUCGUCUAUUUUCAUAA